UCCUGUCUAGUGCUCCAGAAGUGUAACAUCAUUAGUUGUCUCUUAGCACUGGAGGAGAGGUGCUUUUGCCUGCAGGCUUGGAAUAGGGUCAGAUGAGACGACCAGGAUCCAGGUGCUCUCUGGCUUAGAGGAGACAGAGGACAACAGAGGAAGACAGAGCUCCACGUGAUUGCAUCAUCUGUCAACCCCGCAUCCAUUUCCUCCCAGUAAAAAGGAGUCAUCUGCAGAAACGUUUCUGUUGGAGGAGAGACAGAGAAAGGCCAAAGAGGCGAGAGGAGAGGUCGCUCCUGCAAUGGGCAAACAGAACAGCAAGCUACGGCCAGAGGUGCUGAAUGACCUGCGCGAGAAUACAGAGUUCACUGACUACGAGCUCCAGGAAUGGUACAAGGGCUUCCUAAAAGACUGCCCCACGGGACAUCUGACUGUGGAGGAGUUCAAGAAGAUCUACGCCAACUUCUUCCCAUACGGUGACGCCACCAAGUUUGCCGAGCACGUCUUCCGCACGUUUGACACCAAUGCAGACGGGACAAUAGACUUUCGGGAGUUCAUAAUUGCACUGAGCGUCACGUCGCGGGGCAAGCUGGAGCAGAAGCUCAAGUGGGCUUUCAGCAUGUAUGACCUGGAUGGGAACGGCUACAUCAGCCGCGCGGAGAUGCUAGAGAUCGUACAGGCCAUUUACAAAAUGUUAUCCUCGGUCAUGAAGAUGCCAGAUGACGAAUCCACUCCUGAGAAAAGGACAGACAAGAUCUUCAGACAGAUGGACUCAAACAAAGAUGGGAGACUGUCUCUGGAGGAAUUCAUCAAAGGUGCCAAGAGCGACCCGUCCAUAGUUCGACUACUGCAGUGUGACCCGAGCAGUGCCAGCCAGUUCUGAUCACACACACGGAUUCUAAAUAUUGCAAAUAUUAUAACCAGCGUUUCAAUGAUCAAUGGUUUUGUACUGUUAAGCUCCUGUUCAGUCCAUAGGGGAAUAUUUCCUGAAUGUAAUUUAACACUGUAUUUUUCUGUAAGUGUAAUUUGUGUCCAUGUUUUGAACGACAAGUAUGUUUUAGCAUAGGCCGCGUAGUCAUUUCAUUGAAAAUUAGCAACUAAGUAUUUACAUAAAGCCCCCUUGAUCCACACAGUCAGGAAUUUUCAAAUCCCUCACCAAAGUAGUAAGUUACGGCAAUGUAUCAAUACUGCCAGCAAAAACAAAAGCCAUGCCGAAAAACCAGAUCCUUAUCAUCUACAAACAUAUAUGAAGGCAAUUUGAAGACAAAUCUAAAACUCCCUGUGUCAAUAACAUUUUCAGGUUUGCAAAGUAAACACCUAUUAUUGGGACAAACGCCUUUGUUCCAAUAACCAAUAAGACAUUUCUCAGUUCGUUAGCAUAGCACAAGUGGGAGUAGCUCUUGUAUCUUGACUGUAGUGCAAAAAAUACAUGUAACUUACCAAAAGCACCAACAUUUAGUUUUUAAACCACAAGAGAAUAAAUAGUGACUAACCAGCAUUGCUGUGAGAUAUAUUUGCCAAAUACAACGUGCUUUUUAGCAUUGUCUGUAGAUUAUGUAUAGUUGUGUACAGUAGGUUCAACUAUACAUGCUCAAAAUGGUCCAUUUACAUUUUCCUAUAAAGGUUGUGUCAUGAAAUCCCUACAAUAUAAUUGGUGCCCUGCAGUGCUAUUUAUUUGUGGUAUUUAAAAAAUAAUAUUAAAAAUCAUUUUUACCAGAAGUUAGGUUUUAUAUCUACUAC